AUGGCUAAUGAAGCUCAUCCUUGUCCGUGUGACAUUGGCCAUAGAAUAGAGUAUGGAGGGCUGGGGCACGAAGUUCAAGUGGAGCACAUCAAGGCUUAUCUCACCAAACCCCCCGUGGACGCUGGCAAAGCUGUGGUUGUGAUUCAGGAUAUAUUUGGCUGGCAGUUGACCAACACCAGGUAUAUGGCUGACAUGAUUGCAGGAAAUGGAUACACAACCAUUGUUCCAGACUUCUUUGCCGGGCAGGAGCCUUGGCACCCCUCGGGGGACUGGUCCACCUUCCCAGAGUGGCUGAAGACAAGAAACGCCAGGAAGAUUGAUAAAGAGUUCGAUGCAGUCUUGAAGUAUCUGAAGCAACAGUGUCACGCCAAGAGAAUUGGCGUCGUGGGAUUCUGCUGGGGUGGAAUUGCCGUUCAUCACGUGAUGAUGAAAUACCCAGAGCUCAGGGCGGGGGUGUCCGUCUACGGCAUCAUCAAAGACGCUGCAGAUGUGUACAGUCUGAAGAAUCCCACACUGUUCAUCUUUGCUGAAAACGAUGCUGUGAUUCCUCUCGAGCAGGUCUCUUUGCUGACUCAGAAGCUGAAAGAGCACUGCAAAGUGGAAUAUCAAAUUAAAACGUUUUCCGGGCAGACGCAUGGCUUUGUGCAUCGCAAGAGAGAGGACUGCUCGCCUGAAGACAAGCCGUACAUUGACGAGGCGAGGCGGAACUUACUCGAGUGGCUGAGCAAGUACGUGUAG